AGGAAAAUAGGAGGGGUAGAAGGGAGAAGCUUGAAAGGUUUCUCAGAUAAAGCCCUUCACUGAUAUACCCCAGAGACAAGCAGUAUUGAGGAAAUUGCUGAAAGAAGUGAAAGAAACAAAAUGAGAUUUAGAUUUACUCUGUUAAAUAUGGCAUUGUAAUGAAAGGGGAAUUCAUUUUCUUCUUCUUUGAAAAGCAAUGUCUCUGCAAGAAGAAGAGAUUCAGCAGAUUCAAAGCCCACCAUGGAUUCUUGAUGCGCUAUGUUGUGAAGAAAAUGGAAACAAAAUAUGUGGUGAAAGUGGAACAGUGAAAAAGGAGACGUUUUUACCUUUAUUUCUUAUUGAACAUGAUUUGUUCUGGGAAGAUGAUGAGUUAAUCUCUUUAAUUUCUAAAGAGAAAGAAACCCAUCUUUGUUACAAAGAUGUUAACUCAGAUGAGUCUUUAGUUUUAGCUCGUAAAGAUGCUUUGGAGUGGAUUUUUAAGGUUAAAGCACACCAUAGGUUCAAUGCUUUGACCAUAGUUCUUGCAGUGAAUUACUUUGAUAGGUUUUUUGCAAGCUUUAAGUUUCAAAAAGACAACCCAUGGAUGGGACAAUUAGCUGCUGUCGCUUGUUUGUCUUUGGCUGCAAAGGUCGAGGAAACCCAAGUUCCACUUCUUUUAGACCUCCAAGUUGAGGAAUCGAAAUAUGUGUUUGAUUCGAAGACCAUACAAAGAAUGGAGCUUUUGGUGUUGUCGACUCUGAAAUGGAGGAUGAAUCCCGUGACCCCAAUUUCCUUCUUUGAUCACAUUACGAGGAGACUUGGAUUGAGGGCCCAUUUGCAUUGGGAAUUCCUUCAUAGUUGUGAGCAUUUACUUCUCAUUCUCAUUGCUGAUUCCAAGUUCAUGCUUUAUAUGCCAUCUAUCUUAGCUGCGGCAACAAUGCUUUAUGUUAUUAAAGAGAUUGAACCAUGCCAUUAUCUUGAAUAUCGAAAACAGCUUCUUAGAUUACUCAAGACAUGUGAGGAUGAAGUAGAUGUGUGCUACGAGCUCGUGUCCAAGUUAUUGGAAAGUGAUUGCAAACAAAAUGAAGCCAGAAAACGUAAGCAUGGACAGAUGCAAGGCAGUCCUGAUGGUGUCGUAGAUGCAUCAUCUAGCUGUGGUGACUCAGAUGGUUUCUGGACUGCAAUAUCUUCAGUUUCAUCAUCACCGCAGCCAGUGUUCAAGAGGAGUAGAUCAAAGGAUCAGCAAAUGAGGCUACCUUCGGUAAAUCGUAUGUUUGUCGAUGUGCUUGGUAGUCCUCGUUAAUAUUUCCUUGUCUUAAUAUCUGGUAGCAUUAAAUAUGUUAUUAUACAGUUCUUUUGAAUUUUAGCGGCAGUAUUUGUUCUGAAUUUGCUAUCAAUAUGUGUUACGUAGCUUAGAGAUGGACUGAGAUCUGCUAAAUUUUUUGACAUUGGAUGUCAGUUUUGAGUUUGCCAAAUGAGUAAGAGAUUAGAUUUUACUCUCUUUUUUUCC